AUGGCGGCGUCCAUGGGGCCGGUGAAAUUCUGGAGGCCGGGCACAGAAGGUCCUGGUGUCAGUAUCUCAGAGGAGAGACAGAGUCCCGCUGAGAGUAGYGCUGUAAACAUCUUUUAUAAUCCUCAUGCUUCCCUUUCUAUUGAGCAACAGAGACAAAAGCUGCCAGUUUUUAAGCUAAGAAAUCACAUACUUUACCUAGUAGAAAACUAUCAAACACUGGUGAUUGUUGGGGAAACAGGAUGUGGGAAGUCAACCCAGAUUCCACAGUAUCUAGCAGAAGCUGGAUGGACGGCUGAAGGGAGAGUUGUUGGGGUGACGCAGCCUCGUCGAGUUGCUGCUGUUUCUGUUGCAGGCCGAGUUGCUGAUGAAAGGGGUGCAGUGUUGGGUCAUGAAGUUGGAUAUUGUAUCCGGUUUGAUGACUGCACCGAUCCACGGGCUACAAGAAUUAAGUUUCUAACUGAUGGUAUGCUGGUGAGGGAGAUGAUGGCUGAUCCACUGUUAACAAAAUACAGUGUCCUCAUGCUGGAUGAAGCCCAUGAAAGGACUCUUUAUACUGACAUUUCCAUUGGCUUAUUAAAAAAGAUUCAAAAGAAGCGUGGGGAUCUUCGGCUGAUUGUGGCUUCAGCCACCUUGGAUGCAGAGAAAUUCAGAGAUUACUUUAAUCAAAAUGAGACCAAUGAUCGCAGCAAAGAUACCAGUGUGAUCCUUACUGUAGAGGGGAGAACGUUUCCAGUGGACAUCUUUUACAUACAGAGCCCUGUUCCAGAUUAUAUACAAGCAACUGUGGAAACUGCAAUGAAAAUUCACCAGAUAGAGAAUGAUGGGGAUAUUCUGGUAUUUUUAACUGGCCAGGAAGAAGUGGAAAGUGUAGUUUCUCUGCUAAUAGAACAGGCUCGGGCCCUUUCUCGCACUGGGAUGAAGAAGCACCUCCGUGUUCUCCCCAUGUAUGCUGGCCUGCCUACUGUAGAGCAAAUGAAAGUGUUUGAGAGAGUUUCUCGCAGCGUCAGAAAGGUCAUCGUAGCCACCAACAUUGCCGAGACCUCCAUCACGGUUCACGGAGUUGCCUACGUCAUUGACUGCGGCUUUGUGAAGCUUCGGGCCUACAAUCCCAGAACCGCCAUCGAGUGCCUYGUGGUGGUGCCGGUAUCCAAGGCCUCGGCUAACCAGAGAGCGGGCCGCGCGGGCCGGAACCGCUCGGGAAAAUGCUACAGGCUUUAUACAGAGGAAGACUUUGAGAAGCUGCCACAGUCCACRGUACCUGAGAUGCAGCGCAGUAACCUCGCUCCUGUCAUCUUGCAGCUGAAGGCUUUGGGAAUCGAUAAUGUGCUCAGAUUCCCCUUUCUCUCGCCUCCUCCUGCACAGUCUAUGGUGCAAGCUUUGGAAUUGCUGUAUGCUCUAGGAGGUUUGGAUUCACACUGCCGUUUAACAGAGCCUCUUGGAAUGAGAAUAGCAGAGUUUCCUUUGAACCCGAUGUUUGCGAAGAUGCUUCUGGAAUCAGGAAAUUUUGGUUGCUCUGAGGAGAUUUUGACCAUUGCUGCCAUGAUGCAGAUUCAGAACAUCUUUGUCAUCCCUCCAAACCAAAAAUCACAAGCUGCCAGGCAGCACAGGAAGUUUGCUGUGGAAGAAGGUGAUCACCUCASUAUGCUAAAUGUUUAUGAAGCCUUUGUCAAACACAGCAAGAGCUCUCAGUGGUGUCAGGAACACUUUCUAAACUACAAAGGACUUGUUAGAGCUUCUGUUGUAAGAGAACAGCUGAAAAAGCUUCUUGUCCGCUUCAAAGUGCCAAACUCAUCCAGUGAAGGUGAUCCAGAUACAGUUUUGAGGUGUAUAGUUUCUGGAUUCUUUGCUAAUGCAGCUAAAUUACAUUCUACUGGAGCUUACAGGACUAUACGUGAUAAUCAUGAACUUCAUAUUCAUCCCACCUCUGUGUUGUAUACAGAAAAACCUCCUCGCUGGGUCAUCUACAAUGAAGUCAUUCAGACUGGCAAAUACUACAUGAGAGAUGUGACUGCUAUUGAGUCUGCGUGGCUCUUGGAACUGGCACCUCAUUUUUACCAGCAGGGAACGCAUCUUUCUUUGAAGGCAAAAAGGGUCAAAGGAGAUGACUGAGUCACUGAUUUGAUGUGACAAUUCUUGUGACAGCAGUUGCAGAACCUACCUGUGAUUUGAAGCUGCCUACAGYCCGUUCAGCAGUCAGUACGUCAGCAAUCCGACCAGGCAUCAACUGCAACGUUUCAGUGCCUGUCAGGAUCUAUAAGGGCCUUCUGUUCCUCAUCUAACUGAUCACUGUUGUUGAUCUGGGCAUGUGGCAUCUUGUAAAAAAGGUAGACAACUGAUUUUUAAAAAUUGAAGAGAAUACACAGGACCACAAAGAACUAAAACCUUGAAGAGGAAAACUGAGUUUCUGGAAUGGUAUAAUCAUCUUAGAAGAGCAGGGAGUGGGGUGCUGUGCCUUGAAUUACCUGGAGCACUGUGACGGAGGCUGACUUCUGGCAAGAGAUAGCUCAGAGCAAUGAACURGACCUUGAAAUGCAAAGGGCUUCCCUGGAAACACUGAUUCCGUGUGACUGACUGUCCCAAACUGGUGCAACUCAUGCUCCUGAGCAGUGGAAGUCAGUGCAGGGAUUUGCUGUUUGGGAGAAAGGAGAAGUAGCUGAGCCUUUCUGAGAAGAUCUUUACAUUUUUCUCAAGCUGGAGACUAUGCAUAUAUGUUCAGCUACUCAAAUUCACAAUUGAGGCUUUAUUUUUUUUCUGUCCAAUGAAAGAAAAAGUGUUAACCUAUCACCACUUGGCAAUUGCUGAAAAUUGCAGCAAAAGUGUAUCAUGGAACACUGUUUUUAGACCCACUCAUUCAAGAAAGAUGAAAACAUUCUGUACAUCUCUUACAAGGAACAGUCUUAUCUAUUUUCUUUAUUAAGUAUCUGGUCUUUGCUGCRAGGACUUGUCACUUUACUGUAAGAGAAAGAUAUUACAAAUUGUUGCCAGUUUAACAGGGACUCCUUGGCUGUUUUUCCAUAAAGACCUAUGCUUUUUUGUGUAUAGACAAGGUAGAUGGAACACAUAUAUUUAUUUUUUCUUCCUAGCAUUUUGCUACUUAUUUUAGAAACAUGUUGUCUGUAAGUUUUAUCUUUGUAAGGCUGUUGAUUGGUGGAUGUGUUUUGGGUAUGUUAACCACAUUUUUUUUGUUCUUUAUGUAAAUAAGUGAAAAUAUCUGUAUAGAAUGUAAAUAUUGCUAUUCUUAGAAUUGACUUGAAAAUAUUCUGAAUCUUCAUUAUGAUUUAAACAGCUGCAGAGUGAAUAUGUUCUGUCAUGUGCAACGUAUGGUCAAUGUAUUGACUGCCAGCGCGAAAAGACCUACC